CUUUCUCUCCGAAGUACUGACAAUCAACGUGUCUAAAAUGGCACAGGCACGGGAGAAAGCAUUCAAUCCUCCCUCCCCUCACUCAUCCCCUGGUGGGGCAGACUCCUACAAGCAUGAGGGCACUCCAGACACCAGACUCACGGCAUUCUCCCCAGAUGAGAACUCUGUGAGAUCUACCAGGUUCCUGAAGCCUUUGGUUCUGGGCGCCACAGAGCCAUUGCCUCUUCAGUUUACGGCUAGACAGCCCCAUCAGACCCAAGGUUACAACACUUCCUCCAUCUUGGUUGGAAAGGAUCCCUUUGUCUCCUCCAACACUCCUGGAAAACCCGACCACCAGAAACUGUCUCCUACUGCGUCAGCCUUCCAACCAUUCUCGGCUCCACUGGUCGCUCGAGGUUCGGCGGCGACCAUCCCGCCUCUGAGCGUAUCGUCAACUUCGGGAGCCCAUCAUGGCCCUCAGCUGGGUAUCGCGAGCCUUAGCGCAGACCAAGGACUGUCCCGGUAUCUCCUCGUCACCUCCAAUAUCCGGAACGUCUACCCGGAUGAUGUCGACACUUUUCUCAUGCAAUUGCAACAGGUUGGGUUUACCUACCAAGGAAAGCGACAGGUCCACAGACACAACGGCAAGGUGUACAUUCGAUUCACUAACAUCCGGGAUGCUAUAAUGGUCCAUGACAACGCCCAUAGAAGCCCCCUGGGCUGGCAGAUGGACUACAUUCGACCGGGCACGCGUCAUAUCGUGGAUCCCGGAUUCCCAGAUGACACUAUCAAUGAUGGCUUGGUCUUCCUUGAGGCAGUGAUUGGACCGAGUCUCAGUCAUCCUGCUGCACAUAUUGGAGCAACAGUGUACAACCUCCUUCGAGCUGAGGCAGACAUAUUUGCCUUCAUCCCAGAAGACACCUCAUCUAGCCGGUUGACACUCCGUGUACUGAUCGAGUUUUGUGACAUGGAGGAGACUGUUACCAUCAUCAACAGGUUCGACCACUUCACCGCCGAGGGCAUCGAACUCUCCCUGGACCUGUACAAGCGCAGUACCACACCUCCACAGCGUGACAGUUCCGAAGGACUACCGGCGCUCCUACCUACCGCUCCGCUUCAGGGUAUGUCGUCAAUGACGUCUCUCUUCCAUGACAUGUCCUUUGCCAAGCCGUCCCAACCCACUGGAGGUCUCAUCAACACAGACCGCCCAAGACCGGUACCUCUUGGGCUCCAUGUCCAACCUCAGCUUCCAAUGUGCCCUGUGGUCUAUCAGAACCCAUUUUACACUGGUGCACAUUAUAUGGUUGAUCCCGUUUCGACUCGCAACCCAGGCAUGAUGCCACUGCCCAGUCACUUGCCGGCUUUCGGAUCAUUGUACCAUCCAUCGAACCACACCAGUCUUGUCCCUAUUCAUGGCGACUACUCGGGUGGCAGACCCAUGCACAACUUUGGGCGUUUCGAGGGGCGUCGGCAGAAUGCUAUGCGAGUUAAUCGGUCGUCCCCAUACUGCAAUGGGGCAGGUCAUCACAAUCACGUCGAUGUCAACCGUAUCCGUGAAGGCACUGAUGUCCGAACAACGAUCAUGCUCCGAAAUAUCCCCAACAAGGUGGACCAAGCCAUGUUGAAACGAAUCGUCGACGAGUCAAGCUGGGGCAAGUAUGACUUCAUGUACCUGCGCAUCGAUUUUGCCAACGAUUGCAAUGUCGGAUACGCAUUUAUCAACUUUGUGGAUCCUCUAGACAUCAUCGACUUUGUCAAUGCUCGAGGAAACCAGCGGUGGAACUGUUUCAAGAGCGACAAAGUCGCCGAGAUUUCCUAUGCCACCAUCCAGGGCAAGGACUGCCUAGUCCAGAAAUUUCGCAACAGCUCCGUCAUGCUGGAAGCUCCCCAUUACCGGCCCAAGCUUUACUUCACGUCCAAUGGACCAGCGCCUGAGCUUGCGGGCCAGGAAGAGUCAUUCCCCGAGCCCGAUAACCAGUCGAAGAUGAAGCGCAGCUGCGAGAAUGCGGAGCAUGUCGGGCUCUUCACUCCGAACGCCGGCCAGCACUUCCGUGACGAACAACGCCGCCGCCGCUCUCAAUACGACCGAGGUACCAGACUCGCAGCCCUGGAGGAGUUCGAUUACGAAGCCUCCAUGCAACGUCUCUACGUGGGCCAGUGAGCCUUUGGAUACACCUGCGGACAUACAUAGGGCGUCGAGCAAUUGUAUCUUGACAAAGAUCUCGCAGACAACGGCUACCACUGUCAUGAAUCAUGCAUGACCUUGGUUUUCUCGCUAUCUACAACAGAAAUUGUUCUGAGGUGUACAAUGUUUCCAUCCUAAUAAACCCCCCUGAUAUCCAACAGCUAGGUAGCCAUUGGCCCUACGUCGCGAUAUCCAGCCAACAAGGACACCCCAGAAAUGCAGCAUUUCUUUCUUAUUGGCAGGUUUAACAACCCCCCUCUCUUUGCA